CUGCCUCAUCAAACUCUUUCAUCCUUUUACCUUCCACAAGAGCAAAUUGGUUCGCCGAUCUCCGGCUCAACCCGGUCGGAUGAUUCGAACCCUCGCGCAGAUGCCAUUGCCUCUUCCGCCUCCUCGUCGUCUGCCACCAGCGACCUGCUGCCAGCCGAUGCUGCAGACAGUUCGAGUUCGUCUCCGUCCACCGGCUUAGAAGACGCCUCCUCCAUCUUCGGACAGUCGAACCGCCCAAAAGCCCAGUCCGACAACGGUAACGUUGCAGUCGGUAUUGGCGGCAAGAGUCUCAUCGCCAAGCCACCCGGUGACAGCGUCUCGGUGAAGACAGAGUCCGGCCAGGGUCCGAGAGCGACCUCAGCGGGGACUCAGACUUCGGCCGGCGACUCGGCAGAGCUGGCCACAGCUGCCUCGAUUAGACUGUCCAUACGAGAGCAAGAGUCCUUUUUUAUAACGCAUUUGCGAGCCGUCGACCCGGACGAAGGAGAGAAUGGCCGAAUCGAGUACCAAGUCAAGCCGGUCCUGGCGCCGGGGGUCGGGCCAGGACACUCCGGACACGCACCACCGGCCCCGGCACAUCUCAGCUUGGUCGUCGUGAACCCGCAUUCCGGCGAGCUUAGGCUCGCCAGGCAGAUGAGCAGGGCCGAUCUGGGACGACAUGUGUUCAUGGUGAGCGCCGUGGACGCCGGAAGGCCGAGGAUCAGGCGAGAGGUGAAGGUGAGUGCAAGUUGCUUCAAGUCUAGUGCCAAAGUGAGGCACUGGGAUGGGAGUGAAAAAUCAAGAAUAACAGAUACUAUAAAGCUCAAAAAGGGAUAA